GAAAACCCUUCAAGGAAUCUUAUACCCAUCAAAGAAGGCUUAUACUAAUACAGUCAUUUCAACCCUAUUAUUCGAUUGUUAAAGGCAGACAAAAUUUUGUUCCGAAUACUCAAAAAAGUUUCAGGAAACGUAAAUGCAAAGAAACUGUUUCUCUUUGCGCCCCUUCCUUCGGGGAGUCGGUGAAUUGGGUGCAUUUUGUAAACCCGUUCGUCAAUUUCGCAACUCGACUGCUUUGAAAUAUGCUGCUGCUGCAGCUCCGAAGACACGUCCUGGAAAAGUUCCCCCAAAAAUGGUAAAAUUAAGGAAGCAAUUUCAGGCGGACAAUGACUUGCCGAUUUUUCUUAAAGGCGGCGGUAUGGAUAAUAUAUUGUACAGGCUUACCUGGGUACUGUGCUUCCUCGGUAUAGGUGGCGAUGUAUGGUUAUGGCUUGGCUAUAUCAUUGCCUAAAAUCAUAACGGAUCAUGUACACAAGCCCACAAGUUCACAAGAUGCAAGCACUUCAAUACAAAUAUUAAUAAAAUCAUAAGGGAUCACGUACACAAGUACACAAGAUUUAAACACUCAAAUACAAAUUUCAAUUGUAACACUAUUCACAUAAGUUAACUAUUAGCGUUUCUGUACAUAGCUCAAACGCGGGAAAUCAAUUAUAUAACCAUUAACUGCAAAAA